AUGGUACUUCACCGGGCCAUCCAGGCAGCUCGAGCCGGGGAUCUUGCUCUCCUGAGGGAGCUAGCAUCUUCUGGUCACCUCUCUCCUGCCAUCACUGAUGCUCAAGGUGCGGGUCCUGUGCACCACGCUGCUAGAUGCGGGCGCCUGGAGUGCCUGCAGUUCCUGGUGGAAGAGCUGGGGCUGGCAGCUGACAUCCGGGCCUCUAACAGGGCGACACCGGCACAUGAUGCUGCAGCUACCGGCAAUAUCCGGGAGCUGCAGUGGCUGGUAAACCAAGGAGGUUGCAAUAUAGAGGAUAAAGACUCUUCUGGUGCCACAGCGCUCCACCUUGCAGCUCGGUUUGGUUGUGUCGAGGUCACUGAGUGGCUCCUUUCUGUGGGAGGAGAGGCGGAGGUGGAAACAAAUUGUGGAGCUGUGCCUGCUCACUAUGCUGCAGCCUAUGGGGACCUCACCUGUUUAAAGCUACUCAUUCAACAGGCACCUGGCUCUGUGAACCAUCAGACAGGUCUUGGUGCUACCCCACUCUACCUAGCCUGCCAAGAGGGACACCUGCAUGUAGUAGAGUACCUUAUAAACCAUUGCGGGGCUGAUGUCCACCUGAAGGCCCAUGAUGGCAUGACCUGCCUGCAUGCUGCUGCUCAUAUCGGCCACCGAGCUGUGGUGGCAUGGCUGGCGACCUGUACUGGUGUCAGCCUGAACUGCCAGGACAGAGAAGGAGCAACUGCUCUGCACUUUGCUGCCAGCAGAGGGCACUAUUGCAUCUUGGAGACGCUGCUUCUCAUGGGAUCAAAGGUCAUGAAAGAUUACUGGGGAGGGACACCACUGCAUGAUGCUGCAGAGAAUGGAGAGUUAGAGUGCUGUAAAAUCCUGCUGGCCAAUCAUGCAAACACUUCAGACCGGGAAAUUGAUGGGUUCACAGCAGCAGAGUUGGCAGCAUAUAAUAGACACCAUGAAUGUGCCAGAUAUCUCUGUACCAUGGAGGAAAAUACAGCCUGUAAGGAUCAAAACAUUGAGCUAAUCCCUCCAGCAGAGGAAGAGUUAAAGGUGAAGCCAGCUGUGUUGCUGCAGAAGAACAGGGAGGAUUACUACGGCAGCCUGAGUGACACAUGCAGGGGCGGUUGCACCUCUGACUCACCCAUGGAUAGUUUAAAGCAACCUGAGAGUGAGGAGUCCCCCCAGGCGAGAUACCCUCAGCCUCCUCCUGCUCCUCCUUUAUCCUCCCCUUCAGCUUCACCCGCCCAGCCAGAGAAAACAAGCAUCAACAAAAUGGAGCAGGUUCACAUUGCAACAUCUGUUAUUAAAGGUUUCAAUCAGCCCAAAGCCGCCGGCAGUAAAGUCACCAUCCCUGCUGAAAAGACGCCAGAUACAAAUCUCCUGGCAGAGAGGAAACUUCUGGGCGACAUGAAGUCCAUUACAACCUUAAAACAGUCAAGUUUAUCAGGAGUCUUCACUGGACAACCAAAUAAGAUGGUGGUCCUACCCACUGAGGAGGCCAACCUGUCGGAUAUCGACUACCUGGUGCCCACUCAUGACGAGAAAGGACGUCCCAUCGCUGAGUGGAAAAGGCAGGUGAUGGUGAGGCAGCUACAGGCCAGACUGCUGGAUGAGGAGGAUCAAAGGAGGAAGGAAAAUGGGAACAGAUAUGCCAAAGUCACCUGGAGGUACUCCCAAGCCCACAAUGCCAUCCUGGGGCCCUCUGGUGAGCUGCUGGCCGAGGAUGAUCUCAUCUACCUGGAGCAGCAGAUUGCCAACGUCUCCAUGCAGAGGAACUGUGAAGGCUACGAGCUGGAGCUGGCUCGUCUGGCCGAGGAGCUCAGGCACAUCCUGCCAGCGCCCAUAGUGAACAUCACGGUCAACACACAGUUCAGAAACUUCACCAGUCAGGUUCCUCUACCCAUGUGGUGCAGCCGUAUCUCUGGCAUUGUGAAGAGCAUGUCUCUGCUUAUGACCAACCUGACAGACCAGCCCUACUGUAAGAUGCCCAACACCGACCUGAUCACUGUGUUCUCUCAGACGCCACAAAGACAGAACUCCACUAGGGGUCGCAGGGAGAGGAUAGAGGAUGAAAUCCAUCAGUUUGGAGUCUCUGUUAGGAAUCUGAAGUCUAAUUUUGAGACUCAAAACUCACCUUCAUCAGAAGAGUCAAAGAAGGCUGUCAUAUUGAGUCCUUCCCCACAGCUUGAGGUCACAGAGUCAGACAAACAGCCCAAAGUCUUGAGUCCUGCCCAAGAAACCGAUCAGAACAGUGACUCUGGUAUUGAUUAUGAUGAAAAUGUCACAGAUGUUCAAGAGACCACCAGUCUUAGAAAAGAGCGGAUAGUUGUGCUCUUCUUAGGCCACUGGAAGAAAUCCGCCUACUCUGUGACACUGAGGAGCAAGGAUGCAGCAGAGAGGAAGAUGAGCGGAGAUAACUCAGGGACGGUCAACAAAUCGGAGGUGGUUCGCAGUGGCAGCCAGGAGAGUGCCCAGUCAAAGAUGAUGAACAGCUCUCUGGGUCAUUUCUUCAAGCAGAGAAGUGCUGUCAACAAGAUGCUGGGGAACUGGAGGAACAUGAUCUCCAGUGUACCAUCAAGACAGAUACGCAGACUCCACAGGCAACAGGCCCUCUAUUCCCCGGAGCAGUUCCUACCUCGUUUGGACGGCGUCCCCGUGGAGUACGACAACCUGACUCUGGAUCUCUUCAUGCUUGGCUACUUUCACAUCCUUGAGCUGGAGCUGCCAGUGGAUGAACGCAAAAUGAGGCACCUGCUGUGUUUCGAGGUGUUCGACCAUGUUGGCAGCUUUCCCUGGGAGCUGGUCAGAGACUUUCACAAGGCCGUCAUACAGGACAUCGAGGCCGGGAACCGUGAGUGGAAGGACGGCUUUGAGGACAUUAAAAUUAAGUUCUUUGGAAACACUGUGAGUCAGUCUGAAAGCAAUGCAGAAGUUGUGAAACACAGCCUCCCAGAGGUUAGACAGGUCCCUAAAGUCAUUGUGCAGACACCAACACCCGAUGAAGGGAUGCUGCACGGAGGAACCGACAUCUCUAGUUUUAGCAACGAGGAAAUCUGUAAAUACAUCGACCGCAGUUUUGCUUUUUGGAAGGAGAAGGAGGCAGAGAUUUUUGAUUUUGAGUAGAUGCUAGUGUCAUCUUUUUGAUAUUUUUGUAUAGUUUGUAGUUUGAUAAAAAACAAACAAAAAAAAAACAAGCGGGCUUGGUAUCAACCUGGACCCAACACUGUUUGAUUUGUGUAUUGAAUUUUUGCUUUUUUAACUGUCAAGUAUUGAAAACUUGCACAGAGAUCUUAGCCAGGCUGAAAGUCUUGUUUACUUAAUUCAUCAGACACAGAUUGAUUUUAAUGAUGAUUUUCUUAAUUUUAUACUGUUUUAUUGCAUUAGACUCCAAUGAGUUUAGAUUAAAAAGAAAUUGUAAAAAAUAUUGAUUGUAAUAUUUGAUUUUUACUAGAUGUUCUGGUACUUCUUCUCAAACUCAGGUAUCAAAUUCAUUUCAAAUUAUACCCAACAUGAUCGCAAAAAAGAGUGCCUAACCUGCAAGUAUUGUUUUCAGAGUACUUGUUUGUUUUGAGAUAAUGAUUGUCAGAAUUGAUUAAAAAGCA